AUGCCAUCACUAUCGAAAUACUGGGUAUAUCCAAGAUUAAGACAAAAGGCUCUUAUAUUGGCAGCAGGAUUGAUAUGGUUGAUUUGUAUAAAUUUAUGGCUAUUUAACUAUUUUUCAGUAAGUAGUUCGGGUCGAACAAUUACGGGUAGUGAUUCCGAUUUCGAAGUCGACUAUUCUUCAUCAGACAAAGUCAAAGACAAAGAUAACAAUAAGGACAAUCAAAAGAGUUCUUGGGCUACAGUUAUUGAUGUUGAUAAAGUAACAGCUUUACAAGAAAGUUUAACUGUACAAUUAUAUCUUAAAGAAAUAGGAGUUCAAGAUGUUCGUAACAUUAAACCAGCCCAAGCAUCAAUAUAUGAUCAAAUAUUUGAAAAUCAUGAUAUUAAUUCAGUUCUUGGAGAUCUUAAUUUUAAUGAUAGAUGUCAACUUUAUUUUGCCAACUUGUAUAUAAAAAAUAAUAAUUGGUUAAUUGAUCCAAAUCAAAAAUUACCUGCUGAUAACUUACGAGAAUUUGAAUAUAAUGAAUAUAGGAAUAAAAAGAAGGAAGAUUUUAAGAAAGAAUAUAUAUCAGAAAACAAUAUGAAAGAAGAAGACUUUAAAGCAGAUGAUAAAUUUGAAGCUUUUAUUAAAUUAAAGUAUAAUGAAUUUUGGGAUCGAACUCGAACAGUGGAACAGAAAGUUAUGGAUAAUUUAAGUCAUUUAAGAAUAUUUAAUAAAUGUUUUAUUGAAAUUCAAAAUAAGGAUGUUUAUAGUUCAACUAAUAAUUUUGUUCAAAAUCAAAAUAAAUUCAUAAGUCAUUUAACUCAAGUUGGGAAAUCACCAUCUCCACCAUUUAGUUCAACUGAGUUUGAAGAGAAAUAUGCUAAUUUAAAUGUCAUGAAUAAUUGUAAAAAUUUGGAAAAGAGAUUAUUCCCUUGGUUAUCAUUUAAUUAUCCAGUAUUUGAAAGAUGGAAUGGAGAAACCCUUAUAGAAUUACCAAAAUUAGGUAAAUCAACCACAAAUUCUAAUAAUUUUCAUCGUGAUUGUUUCCUUAAUGAAUUCAAGAAUAAAGCAAAUGGUAAAGGAAUUGUUUUAUCUAUUAAUAAUAAUUUUGUAGAUGAUACUAUUCAUUUAAUUCAUCUUUUAAGAGCUUUAGAUAAUCAAUUACCAAUUCAGGUGGUUUAUUAUAAAGAAGUAUCAAAAGAAUCAAAGCAAAGAAUUACUCGUGCAGCUCGUGAAGAUUUUUUUACUUUACCUGAAUCAUUUCAAAAAGUUAAACAUUUAUUUCCAAAGGAUUAUCUUGUUAAUGGUUUACCAAAGCAAGAUAUUUGGUUUGUGGAUGUUUAUACUGUCAUUAAUGAUCAAUAUAGAGGUAAAUUUAGUAGGUGGAGUAAUAAAUUCUUAGCUACACUUUUUAAUUCAUUUGAAGAAUAUAUUUUAAUUGAUGCUGAUACUGUAUUUGUACAAAAACCAGAAUCAUUCUUUAAUUUAAAGGGAUAUCGUGAAAAAGGUGCAUUAUUCUUUAGAGAUCGUACAGCUAUGGAAUUUAGACCAAUUUCUGAUGGAUAUUUUGUUAAGAAAGUUAGUCCAUCACCCAUUGAUCAUGUAUUAUUUAAUAUUCCAAUGAUUACUAAUAAAACCACUUCUUAUCCAUUUUUCGAUGGAUUAUCUCAUUUAAUGGAAUCUGGACUUGUGGUAAUUGAUCGUAAUAAACAUUUUGGAUCUACUUUAUUACUUCCACAAUUAAAUUUUAUGGACCCUACUAGAGCUAGAGUAUGGGGGGAUAAAGAAUUAUUUUGGAUGGCAUUUGUAUUUAAUGGAGAUGAAAAUUUCCAUUUUAAUGAAGCAGCAGCAGCAGCCAUUGGAACUUUAUCACCUGAUAAAGUAAAAGAUGAUGGUACAUUACAACAAUCUAAAGAAAUUUGUAGUUCACAUCCUGGUCAUAUUAGUGGUGAAGAUUUGAAGACAUUACUUUGGUUUAAUUCUGGUUUUCAACAAUGUGGGAAAGCUGAUUCUAUGAAUUAUAAAGAUGAACUUAAAAAGAAUGAUCGACAUUUAGCUGCGUUUAAAACAAUUGAGGAAUUAAGAGAUUAUUAUUCAAAUCCAUUGGAUAUAACUCAUGCAAUUAUUCCACCAUUUGAAGAUAAAUAUCGUAUGAAUGCUCCUAAUGAUCAACAAGAACCUCGAAAUGCUUGGAAUAAACUUUCCCUCUGUAAAGGUUAUAGUUGGUGUGCUCAUGAUUUUAUUGGGGGUACUCGGAAGAAUAAAAAUACUUUACAAAGGGGUACUCUUAUUGAGUAUAGUGAAGAAGAGAGAAGUCUCUUUAAAUUCUAUGGUGAUAUUUGGGGUGGUCUUGAAUAA